ACUUACCCGUCUCAAAACACACACUUUAUACCCAUACCAAUACAGCACAAAAUGGGUGUUGGACGGCGUAUGAAAAAGCAGGGCGCUCCUGCUGCCCUAGGCGAGGCCCAUUUUGCCGCUCUGAAAAAACGCAAAGCCGGCGGCGAAGUUACUUUUGACGAUGAAGGAAAGGCUCCUAAACAGGACAAGAAGCGCAAGACAACAACACAGGAGAAGGAGAAGCCGGCAAAGAAGCAGGUCAAGGAGACUGUCAAGGAAAAGCCAAAUGGUAUUGAGGUCAAUGCCGUGACGAAAAAGCCCAAUGGCAAAGUCGCGGCCAAGGCCAAGGUUGAGGCUGCCGCUCCUGCCACCAAGAAGCCAUCCAAGAAAGCGCCCAUCCCAAUGGACGACGAUGAGGAAGAUGAAUCUGAUAUUCCCGACGACGAAUUUGAGGAUCUCGACGAUCUGGAGGAUGAGGACGGUGAUGAGCCCAUGGGCGACGAUUUUAUGGGCGAGUCUGACGAGGGGUCCGAAGUCUACGAUUCGGACGAGGCUCACGAAAAAGCCAUGUUCUCAGAAGAUGAAGAUGUCUCAGACGCCGAGGAGCGCUUGACCGCUGCCAACAUUGCAGGUUUGUCGCGCAAACUCGACGAACAAAAGGCUAUUGAAGACGCGGAGGCGCAGGCCGAACUCGAGGAGGCUGCGCUACAAACCAACAUUGCCGGCGACAGGCCCAAGGUUCUCCCCGGUGAAGAUGACGAAGAAGUCGACCAGAGCACCCUUCUCGCUCCCGACCUUCAACUUCUUCGGACCCGUAUCACCGACAAUGUUCGCGUACUCGAUGACUUCCACAAUUUGGCUGAAGAGGGUCGCUCGCGAGCGGAAUACGUUGCUCAGCUGCUCAAAGACAUUUGCGCGUACUACGGCUACAGUCCUUACCUUGCUGAGAAGCUCUUUAAUCUCUUCCCCCCGCGCGAAGCAUUCGCCUUCUUCGAAGCCAACGAAACGUCUCGACCGAUUGUCAUUCGUACCAACACUCUCCGCACCCACCGUCGUGAACUCGCCCAGACCCUCAUCAACCGUGGCGUGACUCUCGAGCCUGUUGGCAAGUGGUCCAAGGUCGGUCUGCAAGUAUUUGAAAGUCAAGUUCCGCUCGGUGCCACCCCCGAGUACUUGGCGGGCCACUACAUUUUGCAAGCCGCAUCAUCAUUCCUCCCCGUCAUGGCGCUCGCGCCGCAAGAACACGAGCGUGUUCUCGAUAUGGCCUCUGCCCCUGGUGGUAAGACGACACACAUGUCUGCAUUGAUGAAGAACACCGGUGUUAUUUUCGCCAAUGAUAGCAACAAGUCCCGUUCCAAGGGUCUGAUCGGUAACAUUCACCGCUUGGGCUGCAAGAACACCAUUGUCUGCAACUACGACGCGCGCGAGUUCCCGAAAGUCAUGGGCGGUUUCGAUCGCGUUUUGCUCGAUGCCCCCUGCUCAGGAACAGGCGUUAUUGCCAAAGACGCCAGCAUCAAGACCAACAAGUCUGAGCGCGACUUUAUGCAGCUCCCUCACCUGCAGAAGCAGCUGAUCCUGUGCGCCAUCGACUCUGUCGACCACGCCAGCAAGACUGGCGGUUACCUCGUCUACUCCACAUGCAGUGUCACUGUGGAGGAGAACGAGGCUGUCGUGCAGUACGCCCUGCAGAAGCGACCCAACGUCAAGCUCGUCGAGACGGGUCUCACUUUCGGCGUGCCCGGUUUUACAGCCUACAUGGGCAAGAAGUUUGACUCCAAGCUCAAAAUGACCCGCCGCUUCUACCCUCACGCCUACAACGUCGAUGGCUUCUUUGUUGCUAAAUUCAAGAAGACUGGUCCCUCGACCAAUACGACCACAAAGGACAAGCCUGACACACAGGCUGUUCAGAACGGUGAGGAGAUGGAUGUCGAUAACAAGACGCCCAUCAUGACCGAGGACGAGGAAGAACGGGCCGCCGCCGGUGGCGCCGACUUUGGUGGCUUCGACGAGAACGAAGACGAAGCAUAUAUUGAGAAAGCCACCCGCCGACGACUCCGCAAGAAGGGUCUCGAUCCCAAGGGAGUCCUGAACAAGCCCAAGGCUGACAAGCAAGAGAAGUCGGAUGAGACUAAUGGCGCUGCCUCAAAGGAGACGACAGCCGAGUCUUCGCCAAAGCCUGCGGCCAAGUCAGACAAGGCGGAUAAGAAGCAAGCUAAACAGCAAAAGUCCGAGGCAAAGACUCAGCCUGAAACGGAAAAGAAGGCCCAGGCCGAGAUCAAGUCUGCCUCGAAGCCUGAAAAGGGCGAGAAAGUCGUCUCCCAGCAACGCUCAAAGACCGUCACAACAGAUGCCCCUACCGCUGUCGCAAAGGCCAAGUCGAAGGCCAAGAGCAAGACCAAGACCAAGGCUUAAGUUUGUUUUAACUUUUUUUUCGUCGUCGUAUUCGUCAUGGAAGUGAAGUCUAGUAUUUUCGUGUCUCUUCCAGCGGAUCAGUGAUUCAGUGCACUCGCCGCAUUACACGUCCUUGGCAUUUUAUCAUGGGGUCGUAUAUAUUCCGGUUUAUCUUCUCCUUUUCUCAUCGCCAUACAGCCAUGUCAUCCACUUUCCCUUUUCUCAAUGGUGGACAUUAUUAGCUGGGACUUCUAUUCGGGACCUGGUUUCCUCUUUUCCUUUGUGUACAGUACGGUCUAAAAGUAUUCCACAUGUUUCUCUUUUCUUCCCUUUUUCCCUUUUUUCUUAUUUAAUUUUAUUUUAUUGUGUCGUAUUUAGAUAUGGAC